CUUUCUAAUGCCUUGAAAAUAUUUACAUAUGUAUUGUUAGAGUUUUCAAAAUUAAAUAUACAUGUAAUUCAUUGAAUUUAAGAUUUAUUACUACAAUUUCGGUAAUAAAAAAUAUAAUCAAUGCAUAGAUAUAUUUGUUAUAUAUUGAAUUAUUUUUGAGUGUUUAAGUGAAAAUAUGUGAGUUUCAACUUAUCUUUAAAUAUUUAAACUAAUUAACUGUUUCCACUUUUUAGCAAAGAUGCCACGCUAUGGGGCAUUCUACUUCACAGAGGACAACACCACAGGAAUUGCUCCUUUAACGAUAGUGACCAGCAGUGAGACAAUUAAGGCUGAUUCAGAAGUGACAUGUCUUUGGGAUGGCAAAACUGUCAAGGCAGUUGUAAUCAACAUAAGCAAUUCCAGGGCUCUUCUACAGGAAAAGAUUGACUGUUAUGAACCCCCAGAGGACCAUUUAACAACCACCUCACCUGUCGGCACAACCACCUCACCUGUCGGCACAACCACCUCACCUGUCGUCACAACCAAAUCCAAGAAAGUUUCUAAAAAAAACAACACUUCCAGAUCCUUUGUUGCUCAGACAUUGGCAUCAGGACCAGCAGCAACUCCAACAGUUACUGAUCAUGUUGAACCACAGGAAGCAGCAUACCAACUAGAUGACGACAUACAGGAUAUUGUAGACAGUUGCCAAGACAGUACACGGUCACAGACCACACAGACAUCCACUGCCGCAACAUUCAACAAUACGACCCAAACACCAAUCUCUUUGCAAGGAACUUGGAAUGUUAGUGGACGUGUUAGUGUUGGGCCUUCAAAGCGACGACUUAAUCCAGACAAGAUUGAAAUUGUGCGAAGAGAAGUAUUCACAUACUUUCCGUGUCUACCCUCUGAGGAGAAGAAACUGUGGUCAGACUGUGUGCGAGGUAUUGACAAGGCAAAUGUCUAUCUGUGGAAUGUGAUUCGCAAGAAGUACAACCUUUCAGCCAUCAUGGAUUACCUAUCAUAG